AAAAUUGAUAAAGUUUCAGUUAUUCACAACAAGCCAGCCAUGUACAGCGUUCAUCCUGCAGAUAUUGAGAAUAUCUUGUCUCUAAACCCUAAAAUUCAGCCAACAGCAUCUCUUGUUCCUUCAAUAAAAACUAAACAAAUAAAGCAGCACUGGAAAAGAAAUGAAAACAAAAAUUGUUCAACUCCGUGUCUUGAAAAUAACUUUGAUGACAUAAAACACACCACUCUCAGUGAAAGAGGUGCUUUAAAAGAAGCCAGUAGAUGUCUUAAAUGUGCAGACGCCCCUUGUCAAAAGUCUUGUCCAACGCAACUAGAUAUCAAAUCUUUCAUUACCAGUAUUGCUAAUAAAAAUUACUAUGGAGCAGCAAAAGCAAUUUUUUCUGAUAAUCCACUUGGUAUUACUUGUGGUAUGGUUUGCCCAACCAGUGACUUAUGCGUCGGAGGGUGUAAUCUGCAAGCAAGCGAAGAGGGGCCGAUAAACAUCGGCGGACUUCAACAAUUUGCCACCGAGAUAUUUAAAAAAAUGGGAGUCCCGCAGACUUUACCACCUGGGAUAGAACACGAAGCCAAGUAUUCUAAAAUUGCUUUGAUUGGUGGAGGCCCGGCAUCACUAUCUUGUGCAACAUUUUUAGCGAGAUUGGGCUAUGUCGAUGUUACAGUGUUUGAAAAACACUCCUACAUUGGUGGGCUCAGUACUUCUGAGAUUCCAGAAUUCAGACUGCCCUUUGAUAUAGUACAAUUUGAAGUCGAUUUAGUCCAGGAUUUAGGAGUGAAAAUUGAAUACAAUCGCUCACUGAGCAUCCAUGAUUUAACUAUUGAAGGCUUGAUCAAAAAUAAAUAUGAUGCUAUUUUUAUAGGCAUUGGAUUACCAGAGCCUAAGACGAUUCCCAUAUUUGAAAAUUUGACGAAAGACAUGGGUUAUUUUAACUCUAAAAUAUUUUUGUCUUUAGUAUCUGAAGGGAGUAAACCUGGAAUGUGUGCUUGUAAACGAGAAAUUCCAAAAUUGAACGGCAAUGUAAUAGUACUCGGUGCAGGAGAUACAGCAUUCGAUUGUGCAACAUCAGCAUUAAGGUGUGGAGCAAAAAGAGUAUUUAUUGUAUUUCGAAAAGGGUUUACAAAAAUCCGUGCUGUACCAGAAGAGGUGGAGCUUGCCAAAGAAGAAAAAUGUGAGUUUAUGCCUUUCAUGGUUCCUAAGGCAGUUAGUGUAAAGAACGGACAUAUCACUGGUAUGGAAUUCUGCCGAACUGAAGAAUGUGAUGAUGGCUCAUGGUUUGAAGACCCAGAACAAAUUGUAAAGCUCAAAGCUGAAUAUGUCAUAUCAGCUUUUGGAUCUGCUCUUUUAGAUAAAGAUGUAAUUGAUGCGCUUAAACCGCUAAAAUUGACAAAUGAUAAUUUGCCCAAAAUAGACCCUCUUACUAUGACUACUAGUUUGCCAAAUGUUUUCUGCGGAGGUGAUGUAGCUGGUUAUUCAGAAACUACUGUUGAAUCAGUUAACGAUGGAAAAACAGCAUCGUGGUAUAUGCACAGAUAUUUACAGGCUAAAAAUGGACUGGAUGUUGGGGAAAUUCCAAAAUUGCCCAAAUUUUAUACACCAAUAGACGAGGUCGAUUUAUCUGUAAACAUGUGUGGAAUCAAAUUUGAAAAUCCCUUUGGAUUAGCUUCAGCACCGCCGACUACCUCAAGUGCAAUGAUCCGUAGAGCUUUUGAAGCGGGAUGGGGUUUUGCUGUGACCAAAACAUUUUCUCUUGAGAAGGAUUUAGUCACCAAUGUUUCCCCGAGGAUUGUAAGGGGAACAUCAGGUAAUGAAUUUGGACCUGGACAAAAUUCCUUUCUCAACAUUGAACUUAUAUCUGAAAAAACUUGUGAAUACUGGUGCAAAUCAAUAACAGAACUGAAAAGAGAUUUUCCUACAAAGGUGCUUAUAGCUAGCAUUAUGUGCAGUUACAACGAAAAAGAUUGGUUGGAAAUAGCAAGAAGAGCAGAGGACGCAGGAUCAGAUGCUUUGGAGUUAAAUCUAUCCUGCCCACAUGGAAUGGGAGAAUCAGGAAUGGGUUUAGCUUGUGGACAAGAUCCAAAACUUAUUCGACAAAUUGCCCUCUGGGUGAAAUCAGCUGUUAAAAUUCCUGUCUUUAUAAAGCUGACGCCUAACACCACAGACAUUGUAGAAUUAGCUAAGGCUGCUUAUGAAGGCAAAGCAGAUGGUGUGUCAGCCAUCAAUACUGUAGCUGGUAUUAUGAAUUUAAGAAGCGAUGGUAUCCCCUGGCCGUACAUUGGAAAACAAAAGCAGACAACCUACGGAGGUGUGUCAGGAAGCGUCACCCGUUCUCUAGGUCUGAGAGGUGUAUCUGCUAUUGCCCAAAAGGUCCCUGGGCUAGCAAUAAUGGGCAUCGGUGGCAUUGACUCGGCUGAUGUUGCAUUACAAUUUCUUAGAGUUGGUGCUACAGUCAUUCAGGUCUGUAGUGCCGUACAGAAUCAAGAUUUCACUGUCAUUGACGACUAUAUCACCGGACUUAAAGCACUCAUUUACCUUAACAGUUUGGAAAACGUAAGCUCGUGGAAUGGACAGUCUCCACCAACACCCAUUCACCAAAAAGGAAAGGAUAUUUUGAACAUUAAGAGCGAUGAUGGAAAGAUACUGCCAUAUUUUGGAAAGUAUAAUGAAAUUCGAAAAGAAAAGAUUGCCGAUUUAAAGAAGAAAACUAAUGAGCUACCACCUGUUCGUAAACGUAAUAUCAAUAAGAAAAUAUCUGAUGUGCCCAAAAUUCAGGAUAUUAUAGCAUCAUCACUUCAGUUCAUAACCAACUACAAAUCUUUGGAUAAUAAUGCACAAGUUGUGGCUCUUAUUAAUGAUGACAUGUGCAUCAAUUGCGGAAAGUGUUACAUGGCGUGUAAUGAUUCAGGCUAUCAAGCAAUUGAUUUCGAUGGAGAAACUCAUCUUCCAGUCAUAACCGAUAAUUGCACAGGUUGCUCGUUGUGCCUUGCAGUCUGUCCAAUAAUAGAUUGCAUAACAAUGGUAAAAAAGGAAGGGAAACAUAUAGUGAACAGAGGAAUAACAAUUCAGUAAACAUGGUAUUAAUAGAAAUAUUUAAUCUACAUAAUUAUCAUUAUUGUAUUUUAAAAUUAUUGAUAAGAUCAUUUUUUCACAUAUAAUUAUUAUGUAAAUUUGUUAUACAUUUUUAUCGCUGCAUAAGCUAAUUUAUUUAUCACAUCAUAAUAUAACAUGUACAUUAAUUCUAAUAUAUUUCAAUUUUUAAAUAAUACUUUUUUAGCCGACACACUUUGUCAUAUUUGUUUAAAUAAAAUGACAUAUUGAUCUUUUAUCCAAAUUUGUCAUUUUUUACUUUCAGGUGUUUAUUUAUUAUUCUUGUUUUGCCCUCCUACAGACAGUAUGUUGGAAAAUAUAUGUUUACAUCAACAUUUUCUCUAUUUUGAGUGAUUUGAUUGAAUAUAAUUAGUGUUUAUUAUUUAUUUUACACAUACAGCAUACAUUUUAAAUAUUUGAACAAUAAUGGACCUUUAUUUAAAAAAAAAAAUUAAAUUAAAUAAAAACUGGUUUUUAUGGAGUGUGUAGUAAAGUGAUACUUAUUGCUAAAAAUGACUGUAGUGUUAAAAAAAUCAAAAGUUCUGGUUUGUAGCUUAAUAACAUAAUAAAAACACUUAUUAAAAUUAA